AAAUAUGGGGAGUCAUUCCCCCUCCCUGCAUUGAUAGGAAAACCUGUGGUAGCUCUCAGCAACUCCGCCUUCGCAGACUGUUUCCCAUCAGCCAGGCUCAUUCCAGCCCCUGCAGGCUCACGGCCGACAUCCACAUGCGGUAAACGACGGUCUUGUCCUCGGCAGAGUUUUUCAAAAGGCCUCAUUAAUGGAGACACGCUCUUCGGGUCGAUACAAGAGCUCUACUCACGACUCUGCUAAGGUCUUAUAACCAUGUCCUUGUAUCAGCUGAACUACUAACUGACGGGAGACGGGACUUUCCAAAGUGAAAUAGCAUCUGACUGAGAGCCAUCCGAGUCCUGCAGUGACCCCCAUCCUGGACAUGGGGAAAGCCUACUAUAUCAGCAGGAACGUGGGAUUCGUGCUUCUGUUGCUGGCGUUCAGCGCCCUGGUGACCAUCAUCGCUUUGUCUGUCGCUUACAACAAGGAGAGGAUUAAGAACCGAUUCAGAGCUAGAGACCAAGCAGUAGCAAGCAAGAGCACAGACACCACACCAAGCAGCACACAUGUGCCCGUCUCGGACGAUCCGUGGGACCAGUACAGACUCCCAGGCUCGCUCGUUCCAGACUCCUACGAGGUGACGCUGUGGCCCCGCUUGGAGCCCAACGCGAGCAGCGGCCUUUUCAUCUUCACCGGACACUCGACGGUGGUCUUCAAAUGUCUGAAGGCGAGCGAUCUAAUCCUCAUUCACUCCAGCAAGCUCAACCUCACAUCCUGGGACGGGCACCUUGCCAGGUUGACCGGGUUGGAUGGAACCUGGGCGCCGGUCAUCCGUGACUCCUGGCUGGUGGUGGAGACCGAGUAUCUGGUCCUUCAGCUGGGCAGCAGCCUCACUCAGGGGGCGUCCUACGUCUUGGACACGGAGUUCCAGGGAGAGUUGGCGGACGACCUGGAAGGCUUCUACAGAAGUGAAUACACUGAGGACGGCGUGAAGAAAGUGGUGGCAACCUCUCAGAUGCAGGCCACGUACGCCAGGAAAGUCUUCCCGUGCUUUGACGAGCCUGCCAUGAAAGCCGUCUUCAAGGUCGCCAUCAUCCACGACCGGGACAAAGCGGCUCUGUCCAACGGACGCCAAAUGGAUGUGGAAGACACCGUCAUUGAGGACACUGCGGUCCGAAUCACGACCUUCGAGCCCACAGCCAAAAUGUCCACCUACCUGUUGGCGUUCAUUGUUAGCGAUUUUUCCUACAAAGAGUUGGAGCAACACAAGGGUGUGCAGGUGCGCGUCUGGGCGCGAAGAAAGGCCAUUGAAGACGGGCAGGGCGACUACGCUCUCAAUAUCACCGGACGCAUUCUGCAGUUCUAUGAACGCUACUACAACAUUGCGUAUCCACUCCCCAAGUCAGAUCAAGUGGCUUUGCCGGAUUUCAACGCCGGUGCGAUGGAGAACUGGGGCCUGGUCAUGUACAGGGAGACGGCCCUGCUGUACGACCCCGCCAAAUCCUCCAUGGGGAACAAAUAUCGAGUCGCAGGCGUCAUCGCCCACGAGCUCGCACACCAGUGGUUUGGUAACCUGGUGACCAUGCAAUGGUGGAAUGAUUUGUGGCUGAACGAAGGCUUUGCGUCCUACGUGGAGUACCUGGGUGCAGACUACGCCGAGCCCUCCUGGAACAUUAAAGACCAGAUCGUCCUAGACGACAUCUAUAGGGUGAUGUCCGUAGACAGCCUGGCCUCUUCUCACCCUUUGUCUCGGAGAGAAGAUGAGGUCAACAGCCCCGCUCAGAUCAGCGAGAUGUUCGGCAGCAUCUCCUACAGCAAGGGGGCGGCGGUGCUCAGGAUGCUGUCCGGCUUUCUUACCGAGCCUGUGUUCGCCAAGGGGCUCAGUUCUUACCUCAAAUCAUUUGCCUUUGGCAGCACCAUGUAUUCAGACCUGUGGGACCAUCUCCAGAAGGCAGUUGACAACACUCCCGACGUACAUAUCCCACGCACUGUCCAUGAUAUCAUGCAUCGCUGGACUCUUCAAAUGGGCUUCCCGUUGGUGACCAUUGACACCCGGACUGGAAGUAUCACCCAGAAACACUUCCUGGUGGAUCCAAACUCUGAGGUGGAGAGGCCGUCUCAGUUCAAUUAUACAUGGUUUGUGCCUAUUAAAUGGAUAAAGACCGGUGUGGAACAGCAACAGUACUGGCUCCUUCAUAAAACAGACACCUACCCUCAGAUGAAGGUUUCGGAACACAAUUGGGUGCUGGCCAACACAAACGUGUCGGGUUACUUCAGGGUGAACUACGACCUUGACAACUGGAAUGGCCUCAUCUCUGUGCUGGAAACAGACCACCUGACUAUUCCCACCAUAAACCGAGGUCAGAUCAUGGACGACGCCUUCAAACUAGCGAGAGCCAAAAUCCUGGACACCACCUUGGCGCUGAGGACCACCAAGUACUUGACUGAGGAGAGAGAAUACAUCCCUUGGCAGAUGGCGCUGUCUAACUUGUUCGAAUACUUCGUCCUGUUUGACCGCACCGCAGUCUACGGGCCUCUACAGGCCUACACCCGGAAACUCAUCCAACCCCUUUUUGAGCACUUCGAAGCCGUGACGCGCAACUGGACCACGGCGCCUGGAAGAAUCACCGACCAGUACAAUCUGAUCAAUGCCGUUCACGUGGCGUGCUUUACGGGCGUGGCAGGCUGCAGGGAGCUGACCAAAGGCUGGUUCCAGCGGUGGAUGGACCAUCCCCAUCGUAACCCGAUUCAGCCCGACUUGAGAAGCACAGUUUAUCGCAUGGGCAUCGAGUACGGCGGCAUGGAGGAGUGGGACUUUGUCUGGAGAAUGUUCAAGAACGCCACCCUGGCAGCGGAGGAGUCCAGACUCAGGGCGGCCUUGGCCUGCACCAAAGUGCCGUGGCUUCUGAACAGGUAUCUGGAGUACACCUUGGACCCGGCGAGGAUCCGCAAGCAGGACGCCAUCUCCACCAUCGUGUCCAUAUCCAGGAACAACGUGGGAGCGCCCCUGGCCUGGAACUUUGUCCGAGCGAGAUGGAGCGACAUUUUCCAGCGAUAUGGCAAAGGAUCCUUUUCCAUGUCCAACCUGAUCAGCGGCAUCGCCAUGCGCUUCACCACAGAGUUUGAGCUGCAGGAGCUGCAGCGCUUCAGAGAAGACAACCUCCACGUGGGCUUCGGCUCGGCCAAGCUGGCCCUGCAGCAGACCAUCGAGAGGAUCUCGGCCAACAUCAAGUGGGUGACGGAGAACAAAGCCCGCGUGCUGGCCUGGUUCUCUGAGCAGUCCGCAUGAGAGCGGCAGAAAUAACUCUCUUCAUUAUUAGUUUUUCAAUAAUCAUCACCAGGAUGCAUCGGCGGCCGUAACCACUGACUUUUUAUCGGGGUUCUAACCAGCGUGUCCCUACAGCCUCUCUGUGAGCGCCAAUCAGGAUGCGUUUUGACGUCAUGAAAGGGGGAAAACAAGCUUCGCUACACAUCUUAAAAUAAACCUAGACUUCUGCCAACCAUGUCACUCGGCAUGGGACCUGGGAGCUGUAAGUUGUU